CUCCGGAUUAGUUAUGGUGACACCCCAUAUGUGAACUCUAGCAUUUAGAGGUUGCAUUCAUGGUGAAGAGACGUUAGGGAUUGAGAGAAUAAGCAUGCACAUUUUUUGCAUCAAAUUGUCCUGACCCCACUGGUCGAGAGUGAGCGAUUCAUUUUCUCAUAUUAUCUAUACACUUUAUCCCGGUGAGGACCUAGAUUGCUUGGUCUUAAUUUUGAUAUCUUGAGCUUUGUGCAUGAAGUGACUGUUUUGAAUAAGUGGUUGAGUCAAGUCUAUGUUGGUUGGUGAACAGAAAGGAACUCUUCCUUUGCUCGACUUUAUUGCAUUCGAAUGUCAUCUGUGGUGGUUGUCUAGGUUGUCGUUGAGGUUGUCCAUGUGUUAAUGAUCGAAAGCCAAUAUGAUCCACGUGUUUGUGCUGAUAUGAUAUGCCCUAAAGCCUGCUUGAUUGAAACGUUUUGAGCUUACCUUGUGUCUGACUUGGUUUGCUUGGGGACAAGCAAACGGUUAAGUGUGGGGGGAUUUGAUGACUCGAUAUUUGCACAUGUUUUCCCCUUUGUUUCUUGAUAGUUUGAGAUUUAAUUAUCGCUUCUUUGGCCUAUUUUACGCUAGGUUGUGUUCGUUUGUCACAUUUCAGGUCCUAUCACAUAAAGUGAAGCAUAGGCGCAAGUUUCAAGUCAAUCAGAGAUCAAUUGGCGAUUCGGGAGAAGAAACUCGGGCAUGACCUGAAGAAGAAUGGAUUUCUACCUCACUUUAUGGACAAAUAAUCAUGCAAGCUUGUCAUUAAAAGAAAGAGGACGAGACUACGAGCAUCUGGGAUCAAACGGCGACUGAUUCGGAGUCCGGACGAGGGAGAAACGAAACAUUGAAUAUAGGGGAACAGGUUCGGCAGUAAAAACACGGGCGCGCCUAAAUCAAAACACGGUCUUGCCCAUAUUUAGGCACGACCGUUUUUUGGCCGACGCGCGCGGGCGUGUUUUAAACACGGGGCAAAACACGGGCGGGCUGGAGCAAAGCACGGCCGUGCCCUCGACCGUGUUUUGCCCAGUGAUGCCCUUUUAGGCAGAUUUCAGCCAAAACAGAAGGGGAUUCGAGUUUUAGAGAGACAGAGCGAUUCCUAGAGAGAGAAAGCGAUGAACAAGAGUCUCCAAGUGCCCUAGCUUGAUCUUCAUCACCAUUGGAGCUUGGCUUGAGCUUGGAGAAGUGCCGAUCAACGUCCAGGAGCAGGAAUCCAUCCUUCACAGUAUGAAUUUCGCGUCUGAUUCUGCUUUUGCUUCUUUCUCCAUGGAGUAGUUCUCCCAUUCAUCUGGGUAUGGAGAACCCUAGAUUUGUAUGUUAGGUUUGAUUAUAUGAACCCAAGUACUGAUUCUAUGAUUUGAUAAUAUUCAAUUGAGGUUUGAAUGAUUGAAUGGCAUGAAUCCUGAUCAAAUUCAUGUUGUUUCUGCUUUAACCUAGAAUGAGAAUAUCUGCCUAGGUUGAUAGAGCAUCCUUGAUUGAAGGUAGGGAGUUGGUGACUUUAUUCGAGGAGCCAACUCACUAUUCUGUACCGAAUUCACUUCGGUAGUGGAGGUUUUGUUUGUUAGGGCCUCAAUCUGUUUACUCCGGUGGAGGUUAGUCGCCCGCUAGAAACUCAGAUUGAGAGGGUCUGGAGACCUUUAGUCGAGACUUCAGACUACUUAAGAACCUUCCGUAGUAUAACUAUCAUAGAAACAGAACUUGGUAAUUGCAAUCCGGCUUAACUGCAGUCUAGGGGCAACCAUAUCCGGGUGACCUCUCUUAACCUGAAAACAACCGUUUACUUGCUUUGUUUGUUUGUUAGUUUAGACUUGCAUUAAAGUUUCAUUGCUAGAUAACAAGAAUUCACCGAGUAGUCAUCAAAUCUAGGACCCGGGUUGACAUUAAAACCCAAACCCGCUAUACUACGCUUUAGGAAGUGGUUUCACUUGGCCAAUUCCUAGAGUGACAGUAGAAGUGAGUUAAGCACACAGAAGUUGUCACGGAGAGCUCCCGUGAUGAUCAUGAUCAGGAAUGGCCUGUCGUAGUCGACCACACCUUCCCACAUCCCAAUCUGAGCUUUGAAGAGGCGGGCAUGAGUGAGGAGAUGCAAGAAGAUCUCAUGAAAGAAAUUGCUUGGCAACUUGCUCUCCAAUCCGUGCUAGAAGAAGAAGAGCAAGAAAGGGUGCAGAAAGAAGUUGUGGAGGAUGACGAAAGUGAAGCAGGAGGAGUUAUUGAUCAUUUCCCAGGGGUGAUACCACAUGAACAAGGAAGGGAGGUAGAAGAAGCAAUUGGCGUCCAGGCCGAGGACAAAGUUGAGGUGGAAGAGGCCUGCAUCGGUCAUGAGUGGCAAGUAAUAUCCCCACCAAACUUUGAGGAACUGCUUAGCAAGGACCCAUUUGCAGUGUCUCUUUGCCAGACCAAGGCCACAUCGACAUCGGUCCCUCUUGGUGGACGCAAUGGUGGUCAAUCGAUGUUGUCAUAUCUGGUUUGGGGCAAUGAGACGAGAGAAGAGAAGAGGAGGUCUCGAGGGUUGAGACUUCAUCUGCAUCAAGUGCACGAGCUUCCAUCUACUGUCAUACCACAUGCUCAUGACUUGAGAUUCCACCUCAUCGACGAGAACCUCAACUUCAAAGAGGUUUUGGGGUUGACCGAAACUUAGGAGCCAUCGUCCGGCUCACGACGUGAAAGAAGCGCUUGUUUGGAGGCAACCCAACCAGUCAGUUUGCAUUUCUUUCUCUUUUUCUCCUUGGUUGAGUCAGUUUUGUUAUUUGAUUUUAGAGUCAAUAACUCAACCUUUGUGAGAUUUUGUGUGGUGUUUGUGUUCCGACUACUCUCUCCUCCUGGAAUGCACCGCCUGCCCUGUCCACCAUCAUUCACCCUUGAUCUGGUAACUUCGUUCUAACCUCCUUAUCUUUCCUUCAUUGAGGACAAUGUCGUGCUUAAGUGUGGGGGGAUGUUCGAUUAUGAAUGCGUGUGAAUGUUUGGUUGUUUGUGUGCUUGGAGCCUAGUCCACUGUCCAAAUUUCGAUUUGAGGGCUCCAAGUACGUGUUCCUUGCAAUUGCCUGCUCAGUAUGCUUUGAAUUGACAGUCUUUAUAGUAAUAUGCAACCUAGGGAGGUAGUGUAGCACUAUGGAUGAUGUUGAUGCAUUUAAGAAGUCUCCUUUCUUCUUCAUAUUGUGUUGGUUGAUUGUGUGAAUUAGUGAUCUUAGGACUCUUGAAUUGUGUGGUGUUGUGGACUCUCUACCUGUCAUGGAAUCCUGUAUCAUGUUUUGAAAUAAAAGGUGCUCGAUAAUGUGCUUUAAAAUAACGUCUCCCGUGCGAAUAGGGAGAAAGUGUGUAAGGGGAGACGGGAAUUCGUUCCCAAUUUCCACCUACUAUCUCCAGUCCCCUUACAUUCCUUUUCCCCACACGAGGCUGGAGACAUUCGCUCCCGGCAUGGCCGGUAAGAGCUGGGUUCCCGCAAAACCUUUGCUAGGUGGGAGCCCCGUUUUCUGAAAAUCGGGUUGGAACCCUUGAAAAAGAAAGAAAAAAAAAGAGAACAAAAGAAAAGGAAAAAAAGGGGUUCCAACCGUCUUCAAAAAGAAAAUAAGAGCACCUUGAAAAAUGUGAGUCCAUGAUCUUUUGUUUUUUAGAGUCUCUUCGUCCACGAUUCAUUUGUCCUCUGAUCACUAUUUGCCAUGAUGCCGACUCGAGACUAGCGUUCUCGCCGAAGAAGCUAUGAGAUGACUUGUGCGUCGGUUGACCUUGUAAGCUGCUAAAUGAUCUAGAAAAUCCUCUAUCAAGGAUCAAGGGUGCAUGUUGCUAUAGAGGUCUGCAGAGCUGCAUUGGUUUGAGUUAGGUUUGCUUGGGGACAAGCAAACGGUUAAGUGUGGGGGGAUUUGAUGACUCGAUAUUUGCACAUGUUUUCCCCUUUGUUUCUUGAUUGUUUAAGCUUGCAUUAUUGCUUCUUUGGCCUAUUUUACGCUAGGUUGUGUUCCUCUGUCACAUUUCAGGUCCUAGCACAUAAAGUGAAGCGUAGGCGCAAGUUUCAAGUCAAUCAGAGAUCAAUUGGCGACUCGGGGGAAGAAACUCGGGUAUGACUUGAAGAAGAAGGGAUUUAUACCUCAGUUUGUGAACAUAUAAUCAUGUAAUCUUGUCAUGAGAAGAAAGAGGACGAGCCUACGAGCGUCUGGGAUCAAACGACACCUGAUUUGGAGUCCGAACGAGGGAGAAACGAAGAAUCAAAGAUAGGGGAAAAUUGGUUUUGGGCUUCUCUGAGAAACAGAAGGGGGCCCUAUCGUGAACCAAAAAUCCCCGGUCGUGAACCAAAAUCCCCGGUCGUGACCCAAAAAAUCCCCGGUCUUGAACCAAAAAUAACCGACCGGGUAUUUUGACCGGGGAUCGCGAACGCAGGCUGUUAAAAGCCUGUUUUGUGCAUUUUUGCAAGGGAGAGCUGGGUUUUGGAUCCCAAACACCCAAGGGACGAACCAAAGAGAGAAAGGGCGAUCUGAGGGCAUUCUAAGAGUGGAAUUGGAGGAUUUCUUCGCCUUGGAAGCUCGAGGAACAAGCCCGGACUUGAAGAUUGAUCAUCUGAAGAGUCUUACUGCAGUCUCUCUCUUCUCUAUGGAGUAACUUCCCUUCACUUAGGUUUUGAGGAACCCUAGCUAUAUUUGUUUGAUUGGAUGAUUGUAUGAGUACUCUGACUUGAUAAUCUUGAGUUCAUAUUCAAUCUAUGCAUGUUUUCAUGAUUCAAUUCUGCUUUAGUCGAGAUUAUUGACUCUGCUUUGAUCCUAUGAGAGGGAAUACCUGAUUAGGUCAAUAGAGCACCAUAGAUUGAUAGUAGUGGAUCGAUUGCUUUAGUCGAGGGUUGAUUCACUGCUUUGUAUCGAUUGAGAACCUCUUUCGAUAGGAGGAGUCUAGUUCAGAACAAUUUGAUCAGUUGUUCUAGAGAAGGAUACGUCCCUCUAGGCAAUUUACUCAAGAGGGCCUUGUUCCUUUAGUCGAGACUCAAGGUCUAGUCAAGGAUUCUCCACAUUGUUAAUGAAAGUGAAACAAGUUAGAAAUCAUCAAUCGUUAGUCUGGCUAGUGGCUAGGGGGAAUCAUACCUAAGUGAGUUCCCAACCUGUAAUUAGAUUAACUUUAACUGUAGUUUGCUAGAGUAGUUUUAGUUCUUUCACCUUAAUCUGGUUUGCUAAAUAAUAAACUGAAGCUGAGUAAUAGUAACUCUAGAGACACGUGGAUUUGAUAUUUAUCACUUGAGCCACUAUACUGCAGUCCCUUCCAUUGGUUACACUUGGCCAUUGUUAGGUGUUGUGUCGUAGCGAGUCAUUACUCCUGUGCAGCAAAGUGGAAUCGAUCACCACUGGACGAGGCCUCCUUCAGGGACGGUGAAGCUCAAUACGAAUGCGGGUUUGUGUGCAGAUGGUAGUGGCCUAGGGGUGGUGGUGCGAGAUUAAAAUGGCAGGUUCUUA